AUGGUCUUCAUAUCUCCAAGCUGGGUUCCCAAGCUCCCAAUAGACCCUCCCGACUCUAUCCCUAUAGCUCAGUUCAUGAAGAACGAGAAAUACGGCCGUUUACCCAUAGCCAAAAGCAGACAUCCAUUUACUUGUGGCAUUACAAAACGUUCAUACUCUACGCCUCAGCUAUUUGAGCGGUCCGAGUUCGUAGCCAGAGCGUUAGCCAAACGAUUACAAUGGCAACCAAAUGAGGGGACGCCGUGGGAUAAAGUUCUCGCCAUAUUUUCUCUGAAUACGAUCGACUACAUCACUGGUAUUUACGGUGUCCAUCGUCUUUCCGGCAUCGUUACUCCCGCCAAUGCUGCUUACUCUGUCGACGAGCUGACACAUCAGCUCAGAGCUUCAGGUGCAAAAGCUCUGUUUACUUGUACACCGCUGCUCGAGGUAGCCCUCGAAGCGUCAAGAAACGUUGGGAUACCAGAAGAAAACGUAUUUCUCUUUGAAAUUCCUCGCGCCGAACCCGUCUCCAAAUUUACAUAUGCUUCGCUAGAAGACUUGGUCAGAGAGGGUUCUGAGCUUGAUCGACUCGACGAACAACAAUGGGUCCCAGGUCAGGGUGCUCGUCAGACGGCGUUUUUGUGCUUCUCCAGUGGAACAUCCGGUUUGCCGAAAGCGGUCAUGAUAUCUCAUUACAAUGUAAUCUCGAAUGUUUUGCAACAUGUCACUCACGAAUCUGUUGCUAGAACAAAGCGUGGCAUUACAACGCAAGCUGUGACAGGAUUUCUGCCAUUAUCUCACAUAUACGGUCUUGUUAUCGCCGCGCAUACAUGCACUUGGCGAGGUGAUCAAGUUAUUAUCCUCCCUCGCUUCGAAUUCAAGGACUUUCUCCAGUCUGUUCAAGACUUCAAGAUCCGGCAACUGUUGGUGGUGCCUCCUAUCAUUAUACAAAUUCUUCGUUUCAAGGACAUAUGCGCCAAAUACGAUUUGAGCAGUGUCAAGUUUGUCUACUGCGGUGCUGCUCCAUUAGGCGAAGAGACUAUUCGGGAUAUGAGCAGCUUAUACCCUGAUUGGACCAUUGCUCAAGCCUAUGGUAUGACCGAAACCGCGACGGUUGUCACGUCUUCAAGUGAAGAUGACGUCUAUACAAAAGGCUCCGGAUCCCUUCUACCUGGAACAAAAGCCAAAAUCAUCGACCAAGAAGGUAAAGAGAUUAAUGAACACAACCAACCUGGAGAGCUGUUGGUUCAAGCACCUUCGGUUGUGCUGGGUUACUUGAAUAAUGAGAAAGCAACAUCCGAGACCUUUGUGUAUCACCAAGAUGGCAGAUGGAUUCGAACAGGGGAUGAGGCGAUUGUUACAUUGGCUCCCUCCGGCCAUGAACAUGUCGUCAUUGUCGACAGGAUCAAGGAGCUUAUCAAAGGUCAUCAAGUCGCACCAGCUGAGCUCGAAGCUCACAUUUUGACACACCCACACGUCUUUGACUGUGCUGUUAUCCAAGUCCCCGACGACCGCUCGGGAGAAGUCCCUAAAGCCUUUGUCGUAAAGAGUUUAUCAGCUGAGUCAUUGCCGGAUGAAGAAGUUGGACGUGAUGUAGAAAAGCAUGUUGCGGAUCACAAGGCAGUUUACAAGCAACUCAAAGGAGGUGUGGAGUUCCUGGAUGUGAUACCCAAAAGCCCCAGUGGCAAGAUUCUUCGUCGACUCCUGAGGGAUAAAGAGCGCGAGAAGAGAAGAGGACAAGGAGCGAAGCUAUAA